AUCCGGCUGGUAGGGGGAGUGCCCAGCUGCUGCGUGUCGCUAACCUGAGUCUAGGGCAGUAGCUGUCUUUGACAGACGCACAGUGCGAGGUGCGAGAUAAUAGUUCGUACAUCCAUCAUCCUGCGUGCGUGCUCUGAUACUUGUGAAUGUGUGUGGGUGAAUUGACUCGCGUCAAGUGCCAGUAGAACGUUUAGCCUUUAUACCCAUUUAGAAAGGUUUGAUUUACAAAGGUAUGGAAUCUGCGAGAAAGCAAGUUUUGAAUGAAGACAAAAGAAGAGGUAAAAAACGUCACUUGCGUCUGAAUGCAGUUCGAAAGAAAAGGAAAUGGAACAAAGGGAAAGUUUUACGUUUAGUUGACGGCAGGCUGCGUUACGUGAAAAACCAUGAAACAAGGUUUUCCAACUAUACUUCACAUGAGUCUUUCAGUACAUCCAAACACGCGGGGAAUAUAGAAAAUGCUGUUGAAAGGAAAACCCAGACAGACAGUGAGACUUGCUACAUAACGUUGUCUCCAGCAAGGUGUUCCACCUCUCCCGGCGAUACUGCUUCACAUGAUCAAGUAGACAUCGAUGGAGCAGGUUGUUCGUUUUGGACAAACGAAAUAUUGGCGACACCGCAGAAAGUCACAACUACUGAUUAUCCUACAGAAGAAUAUGAUGUUACUGGAAUAUUUUCAGACACGGAACAAGAGUCAAAAUCGGUCACAUGUGACUACGCUCAGCUUCUUGAAGGCGUGGAGAAACUUUCGUCACCAGCAUCUUCACCCGAACAAACCUCUCCUAAAAAUACUUUCAGCUCUGAAUCAUCAACCUUUCCGAUACAAGGCCGUCGACUUUGUCACUGA